GCUACGGCAGCUAUUUGACAGUUCGUGUAGGAACAGAUGCUGCACCACUCUCACUGCAGCUCCACCUCUAUGGAUGCAACUUUACCCUAAGCAGAAAGCCGUCAUUACUCAGACAUUACCUACUUGAAUGCUCACUGUUCUGACCUCUGUUAUCGCACCUCCAGGUUUUAAGACGUUUCUUUGCUCUUUGAUAUAACGCUGACAUUUAAAAAACACACACACGCACACAAUGACAGAAGGGAACAACAUGCCAGAAGGCGAUACAACCGCAAAGGAUGAGGUGCCCGCAGAGGAGAAGCGGCUGGAGGAAGAGGAGAAGAAGGAGAACGGGGACAGUAAAGUGACCGUCCCGGAACAAACCUCGGCUCCGGACACAGAGGAGGACGAGUUCGUGCACCCCGAAGGCGGCUGGGGGUGGCUGGUUAUGCUUGCUGCCAUGUGGUGUAACGGCUCGGUGUUCGGGAUCCAGAACGCCUUCGGUAUCCUCUUCCUCUCGCUCCUCCGGGAGUUCGGCUCCGAGGACGAUGAAGACCUCCGCUUCAGGACAGCGUGGGUGGGCUCCCUCUCCAUGGGGAUGAUCUUCUUCUGCUCUCCCAUCGUCAGCGUCUUCACCGACGUCCUCGGCUGCAGAGUUACCGCAGUGGGCGGCGCCGCUGUUGGCCUGGUUGGCCUACUGGCCAGCUCCUUCGUCACGUCCCUGGGCCCCUUGUACUUCACCUAUGGCAUUGUGUUUGCCUGUGGCUGCUCUUUCGCCUACCAGCCCAGCCUGGUCAUCCUAGGACACUACUUCAAGAAGCGCCUGGGUCUAGUGAACGGCAUUGUGACCGCCGGCAGCAGCCUCUUCACCAUCACCCUGCCCUUCGUGCUGUCGGGCCUGUUGGAAAAAGUGGGCCUCCAGAACACCAUGCGCGUCCUCUGCAUCCUUAUGUUUGUGCUGAUGUUGGCUGGCUUCACCUACAGGCCCCUCCUGCCGGUCAAAGCUUCCAACUCCCCCACAGGCAGCCGAUGCCCACCCAUGAGCCAGAUCUUCAACCUCAAUAUCUGGAAGUCUUUGGGAUAUCGUAUUUGGGCCUUCGGGAUCCCUGCAGCCCUCUAUGGCUACUUCGUGCCUUAUGUUCACCUGAUGAAGCAUGUGGAGGAGCGUUUUGGACAAGACGCCAGUAAAGAAGUUCUGCUCAUGUGUAUAGGAAUCACGUCCGGCGUGGGCCGUCUCAUUUUUGGCAGGGUUGCAGACUAUGUCAACGGAGUCAACAAAGUCUAUCUACAGGUGACUUCCUUUUUUGUCAUUGGCCUCAUGUCCAUGAUGAUCCCACUGUGCAACAUCUUCGGCGGGCUGAUCGCCGUGUGCCUGCUGAUGGGGCUGUUCGACGGCUGCUUCAUCUGCAUCAUGGCCCCCAUUGCCUUCGAGCUGGUUGGCGCCAAAGACGUGUCGCAGGCCAUUGGCUUCCUGCUGGGCCUGAUGUCUGUGCCCAUGACUGUAGGACCUCCCAUCGCAGGUUUCCUGAGGGACAGACUUGGCAGCUACGACGUGGCCUUCUACCUGGCAGGCAUCCCCCCAAUCUUCGGCGGAGCCGUGCUCUGUCUGAUACCGUGGGUGGAGGCCAGGCGCAAGAGGAGGGAGAAGGAGGCCCUGAGCAAGGACCAGGUAGCCAGCCAGAAGAUGAUAGAGCAUGAGAAGGCUCAGGGAGAAGCACAAUGCAAAACCGGAGAGUCUGUCCUCUAAGAGCCCCGCUGAACAGACUAAAAGAGUGACGAGCGGGGUCAGACUGAGACUGCCAAGUACUGAGAUACAGUAUUUGUGUGUGUUUUUUUUUAGCCAAGAUUGUAAUGACUGCCUUCUGUGGGAGAAUGUCGGAAAAUGCCAAAGCGAUGAAACAUAUCAGAUAGAGCGAGAGGCUGAAGUCCAGUUUAACAUGAAUGUGAUCCUGAAGAACUAUGCAUUAGAUUGUUUUAAUUAGCCUGAACGAAUCUUACAGCAGCCAAACUUGAAGCUUUAAAUGAAAAAGAGAAAAUUGCACAUUUCAUAUUUGUCACAAGGGAAAGAAGGCAUGCUGUACUUGUUCUUUAGCGUCUUUAGUGUCUCUGCCGAAAACAACACUUUGAGAUGGCAUUCUUAAGGGAAAGGGACUUCUUUACAAUCAGUUUUCAACACUACCAUAUGUUUUUAUAUGUAGGAAUAUGGCAUAAAAAAGACCACAUAAAAAAGAAAACCAGCCAUGUGUUGGAACCUGAUUAAGCCUAGUAUCAUUAGUAGUAUAUGAAAGUCAAAUUGGUCUGCUAAAGAUUUCUUCUUAAAACUGCCAUCUUAAUUGUCUCCAGAACCCCUCCCGUUAACACCGUCUUAAUGCAUGCCAAAAAAAAUGUAAAUAUUGGCAUUAAUCUGUUCAUAUACAUAUGAAAGGGACAGUAACUCAGAGAGGUGCUCUGACAGAUUAGGGGCACAGGAGGUCAUUAUUAGUGUUAAUGAUGCAGCUCUGGGAUCAGCUGAGUUGUAAAGGUGCUGACACUUUGAGGGAAGCAGCUUUAAUCACAAUGAUUUCUCAACACAAGCAGCUUUGCCCACCCCAGGCAGGAUGCAGGAAAUGUCAUAUUUUUAUACCAUGGACUGCUACCACAGGUUGGAUAAGACCCUCGAGGUUGGAUAAGACCCUCGAGGGUACAAAGCGACCAUGUUGCAAUUAGUUUGUGGUAAUUUUCGUAGAUAUAAACUGAAAUGAUAUGGACCUGCUUUAUUACAUAAUCUUGAGGUUCCAUUGUGUUUAGGUAACCAUGGGGUUAAAUUCAUAUUUAAGUUUAUAAUCUGCUCACAUUCCUAGAUAUUCAUAACUGUGGUUAAUUAAAUUACCACAAACUAAUUACUAAUUAAUACAAACAAAAUAUUCAUGCAAAAAGGCUGCUUGAAAAGGAACCGUGUGCCUAAAAGAAACGUGGCGAGUUUUACCAUCUUAAACGGGAUUUAGGAAAUAUGCCCAUUCGCUCUCUAGCCAAUACUUAGAUUUCAUAUCUGUCCAUUAUAUUUAUGACUACCACCAGCAGCCCGUUAGCUUAGCUUAGCACGGCGACCGGAAACAGGGGGAAAACUUCUAGGCUAGCUCUGUCUGAAAGUUAAAAAAAAACCAAAAACAACGACAAUCUGUGGUUUUACAGGGGGGUCAUGUGACUUCCUGUAAGCACAUUUUCACAAAACGUCAAAUUAUUUCUUUAAAUCUUAGCCAGCACAGGAGCACCUGCCUCCACUUUUGAACUUAAACACUGAUUCAUAAGGAACAUAUUAACAUUGUGUUUGUGUACAUGAAUUGACUAUUGCCUAUGAAUUGACUGCAGUAUUGACGUUAAGCAGUAUUUCCUUUAAAAGAACCAGUGGUGAGACUUAUUUUUAAACUUUUUUUUUCUCUCUGUAAUUUGGUCCAAUAUUUGUCACAUAUACUUUGAUUGUUAAUUCACAGUGUCAUGCUUGUGGAAAAAAGGCUCAUAUGCUUCCUAGUAUAGAAAAAAAAAAUGAAGUAAGCCCAGUAAUUGAUGCGGUCCAGGUCAUAAAACAACUCGCACCGUGUCAUCUGCUUGGAUGGAUGACCUCUUAGAAGGACCAAAAACAAAAAAAAUACAAAAUAUUGGUGUGUAUUGUAUUGUAUUGUAGUUCAUCACCACUUUUUUUAAAGAGGUUAUUACACAUUUACCUACAGUAUCAUUAAGAGUCUGAAUAUUCACUAUCUGAAAUGAAACUGAGGACAUGAGUUUGACUAAUCAUUGACUAUGUGACCAUUAGUCAAGUGAGGUCAAGUUAAUAAUUAACUCUGCUCCCAGCUCAUUGACCUUUAGUGGAAAGGUUUGUUUCAUGUUUUCAUGUGGUAUUUAUUUUUUAGUUUUGGUAGAGGAUGUCAUGCUGUAAUUGAUGGGCAUUUGCCUAAGAGCCUUGAUUUCAUUUACCGAAGACCAAAAUGUACUGAAAUGAAAAUGGCUGGAAGUGUGUUGAUGCUGUUUUGUUGCUUGUCAUACAUCUCCCUGAAGCCUACAGGUAGUGUCAGUGAACCAUCUGAACAUGUUAGGAAGUGACUCAUCAGUCCAUCACUGUUGACAGUGAUCGGAUUGCUUUCGGAAAACUCAGACCUUUUGGAAAAACCAGUGCGCCGACAUUGAAUUUCUAUGGGUCGAUAAUGUUUCCCGUGCAGACCUGUGACACUGUCUACCUCAGAUGUUGUAAAAGUGUAGAGCUCUGCCCCCGACUGGACUAUGCCACCAUCAGAGGCAGUGUUCAUGUUUGAGCAGUAUGACUGGAGAAACGCAAAUAAACUGAAAAGUCUUAGAAAAUGAUCGAGCUGUCCGAGCUUUGCUCUUUAAUGAAGCACUUGCUGCUCAGAACCACCUUUUUUUUACAAAACCAGUUUAAGAAACUUUAACAGCGUUUACAUGUUUUUCUCCUCUCUAAGUAUACAGAAUAUUUUAAUAUGAUUCAAUCACAUCCAGUGCCUUACAAUUCAAUCUUUUUAAUGAGUGUUUAUAGUAGACUUUAGUUUACUUUGAGACUUUUUCUGUUAUAAUGCUAAUAGGAAUGACUUUCUUAAUUUUGUACCUCCGAAUUUGCCAUACAUACAUUAAAAUCUUUUAUGUUUAAUGUUUAAUUAUUUUAAAAAUGCAUGAUUUAUUUUUAUGCAGGAAGACUUUAGACCAAACCUUUGAGACAAAUUGCCUUAUUAAAACACCUUUUCUGUCCUCAUAGUGUCUACAUAGAGGCUUCAUAUGGCAAAUAUGAGCCUGAAGAGUUUUGAAUCUGCUGUUAUGUUAAUGUUGCUUUUUUCAUUCUUAAUUUGCUGUUAUUUUUUUGGCUUCCUCACAUCUAAUCCAACCACUGGCUUUAUUCAGAAUAUUUGUAUGUACGCAUUUUGUUUUUGCUGCAAGUGCAGAUGAAGAUUUACUUAUGUAUCUUUGCUUCUUUCAUCCCAUUUUUACAUAUUUUUGUUUGCCUUCAUUUCUGUUCACUUAUUUCUUAGUUUUGUUCUGUUCAUGUGUCUCAUGAGUUACCAAAUGUUUUCCACUCAAAUAUGAAUUUUCCCACAUUUCCUGUGUUGCAGGAUGUGCGGUGAACUUCACUAUAUGCAAUGUAAUUUCAUGUGAACGCAAUAAGAUUUCAACAUUUUCAAGACAGUAAAAAAAACGAAGAUGGUUCAA